AUGCAUGGAAGUCUUACUCCCCCAUUCCCCUCACUCCCCCAUUCCCCCAUCCUCUCCAUUACCCCCAUCCCCCAAUCCUCCCCCAUAUGGUCCGCGCAGCUGCGUAGCGUCACGGCAAUCUAUUGGUACUUCACCGUCGCUGACGUCAUCUACGACGUCACGCGCCCGGAUCGCCUGGCGGUGCGCGGCACGCUGUGCGUGCGGCCGUGGCUCGCGCCGCUCACCACGCGCCAGCUGCACAUGGUGGCCGUGCUGCGCCUCGAGCCGCACGAGGAGCGCGUCGCGUCUGACGACGAUAGCGACGUCUCCCCAGCGCUGUCUAGAGCGGGUGGGGCCAUUGGCAGCGGCAGCGGCAGUGUCAGUGGCAGGGAGAAGGGCGGCGUCAAUGCUAGCGGCGGCGGCGGCGGUGGCAGCGGGAGGCGGGUGGUGUGGCGCAUCGCGGAGCAGAGCAAUUUCUUCGAGGUGGACCCGCUCGUGGCGGAGGUGCCCCUCAUCGGCGCGCUCUACGCCUGGUCCGCGCGCCUCGCAUUUCUCCCCACUGUGUUGUCGCACGCCAUGACCGCCGGCAAUGCCAUCUACCGGAUGGGGCUGCCCGGGAUCUGGGUGGCAUCUGCUGUCCUGUCUGGCGUGCGACAGGCUGUCACGAGCAUCCUGCAUGUGGUGUUCUGGGUGCCCAAAGGACGAUAG